AUGUAUUUCUUCUUGGGGAACAUCUCCUUCCUGGAGUGUUGCUAUACCUCCAAUAUAUUUCCAAGGAUGCUCUCAACUCUCUUGACGGGGAACAAAGUGAUUUCUUUCAGCAGCUGCUUCACACAGUGGUAUAUCUGUGCUCUUUUGAUCGUUUCAGAAAGCUGUUUACUCUGUGCAAUGUCUUAUGAUAGGUAUUUGGCCAUUUGCAAACCACUACACUAUGCAACCAUGAUGAAGACCCAGACUUGUGUCCAGUUAGCAGCUACAUCUUGGAUCAAUGGAUUUACAAUUUUUUUGCCCAUGCUCAUUUUGAUGUUGCAAUUGAAUUUUUGUGGCUCCAAUGAAAUUGAUCAUUACUUUUGUGAUUAUUUUCCAAUCCUAGAUCUCUCCUGCAGUGAUACCAGAAUGCUGAGACUGUUGAGUUAUAUAGUGGCUGCCAUGUUUGUGCUUUUCCCAUUCCUUCUAACUGUGAUAUCCUAUGUAUAUGUUAUCACUGCCAUCUUCAAAAUUCCCUCCACUACUGGGAGACAAAAGGUCUUUUCUAUUUGUUCCUCUCACUUAACUGUUAUUUCUAUUUUUUAUGGGUCUUUAAUUGUUGUGUAUAUGCUGCCAAAGACUGAAGGGAAGAGAGGUACAGAAAAAUUUUCCUCUCUCCUCUAUAUAGUGCUGCCCCCUCUGGUCAACCCUUUCAUAUACAGCCUAAGAAACCAGGAGGUCAGAGAGGCUUUUGGAAAUAUUCUUGGGAGGAUUAUGCACAAGAAACUCAUUCCAUAA